AUGGAAAAAUCCCAUCAUCUCUGGAACUGUCAACAUUCAGCUUUUCGGAUAAACCGCGCAAAUUCUGCAAUUCCGGCCUGGCUGGAUAUCAUCCAGGAAAAUGAUAACGGAAUAAAUUUCAUGCUCAUGUCAGAUCAUUGGGAUAAAAUUUUGGGUCAUGAACAUUUCUCCAACCCACAAUCCACAUUGAAACUGACCGGUUAUGAUGGAAUUGGUCAUGAGAAUUUGGAAAAUUUGAAUUCCAAACAAAUUCAGAUGAACAAUGUUAAAGAUGAGCAAGGUUUCAAUUUGUUGGUAAAGAAGUGGAUUUUCGGAGGAUUCGCUGAUACAUUCGAAUGGCUAAUUGUUACCAAUGUCACACGACCACUGAAAACCGAAAAGUUACUUUUGGAUAUAAAAAUUCGAGGAUUGGAUGGAAGCAUUUUUGAAGAAGCAACCAACGAAAUCCAAACCAACGACUCGGCUGAAUAUUUUCUCAUUUUCGGCGAGAACGGAAAACUGGGAAUUUUUUGUGGAAUCGACAAUUUCGCCAAAUUCACAGUAGUCAAUCAGAAAUUGUUGGAGCUCAUUCCAAAUCUGGAAAUUUGUCUGAAAAAUCUGAAAAUUUGA